CGCGCGCACACACACUCUUUACGCACGCGCACGCACACACAUAGUGAGGGAGUUUCGGCAGCCAGAGAGAGAGAGACAGAGAGACAGAGAGAGAGAGAGGAGCCUAGAAACAGAAAGGUACACAGAAGAGAAGAGUGGACGACAGAAAGUAAGAGAAGCAGAAAGAGGACGGUGGCUCCAGAGCAUCUCCAGCUUCACUCCUCACGGAUCUUAAACACUUCACAUCCCUGCUGUUGGCGCCAGAGAAUUAAAACUUUUCAAUUUUCUCUCACUUCUGUUUUUUUCUGGUUGGAGUUGACACACAGACGUGAUUCCUGGAAGAGUUUUCCUUCAUUUUUCCCCCUAAAGUCUUUCCAUCUCUCGAGAAGUUUUUAAAAAGUGAAGCUCCAGAGCUCCGCUUCACUUUUUCCACGUGUUUGACAGAAACCCUAAGAUUUUUACUCGCCGUCAAACUGAGACUAAAGAUGAGAUUUCAAACCUCAGGACAGUCCCCAGCCACGCGUGAUUCUCGUCCUGAGUGUUUAAAUCAUUAAAGCUGAGCGACUCUUUGAUGGUUUCGCUGUGAAGCUGAAGAGUCUGGAAGCGCAGCUCACCUGUAGCAUCUCCUCCUCAUCCAUCUGUCCGAGGCGCCGCUGUGAAUUUGAGACAGAGAUGCAAACUAUCUGAGAGGGAAAACUCCACACGGUUCAUUCAUUCCGUGAACAGCCGCCUCGUCACUUUGCGGUGCGUAAAGGUGCCCUGCGCUUUUACGCAAAACAAACAAACAAACAAACAAAAAAAACCACUUCAAAUCCAGCUAUUAAAUAAACCUCCCCAGGAUCCACAUCUGCGCCUUUUUGUCACAAAUCUGCAGCUUAAACUUGACUUUGAGCAGUUUUUUUGGAGCUCCAGAGGGACCGCCGGGCUCUCCAUCAUCAUGCUGUUCGACAGCUUCGACCUGGUCUCGGCUCUGGCCACUCUGGCCGCCUGCCUGGUGUCCAUGGCGCUGCUGCUCGCCGUCUCCCAGCAGCUGUGGCAGCUCCGGUGGACGGCCACCAGGGAUAAAAACUGCAAGCUGCCGAUGCCCAAAGGAUCCAUGGGUUUCCCGUUCAUCGGUGAGACCUGCCACUGGCUCCUGCAGGGUUCGGGAUUCCACGCGUCGCGGAGACAGAAGUACGGCAACGUGUUCAAGACUCACCUGCUGGGUCGACCUCUGAUCCGGGUGACGGGUGCAGAGAACGUCCGGAAGGUCCUGAUGGGUGAGCACACGCUGGUGACGGUGGACUGGCCUCAGAGCACCUCCACGCUGCUCGGACCCAACUCGCUCGCCAACAGCAUCGGAGACAUCCACCGCAAGAGGAGGAAGGUGUUUGCCAAAGUGUUCAGCCAUGAGGCCUUGGAGUCCUACCUGCCCAAGAUCCAGCAGGUGAUCCAGGAGAGCCUCCGAGUUUGGAGCUCCAACCCCGACCCCAUCAACGUCUACAGAGAGAGCCAGAGGUUGUCGUUCACGAUGGCCGUCAGAGUUCUGCUGGGAUUCAGAGUGUCGGAGGAGGAGAUGAGGCAUCUGUUCUCCACCUUCCAGGACUUUGUGAACAACCUGUUCAGUCUGCCCAUAGACCUGCCCUUCAGCGGCUACAGGAAGGGCAUCCGUGCACGAGACACGCUCCAGAAAAGCAUAGAGAAAGCCAUCAGGGAGAAGCCCCUGUGUUCCCAGGGGAAGGAUUACAGCGACGCACUGGACGUCCUGAUGGAGAGUGCCAAAGAGAACGGCACCGAGCUCACCAUGCAGGAGCUGAAGGAAUCGACCAUCGAGCUGAUCUUUGCUGCCUUCGCCACCACCGCCAGCGCCAGCACCUCCCUCAUCAUGCAGCUGCUCCGCCACCCUCCGGUCCUGGAGCGUCUGAGGGACGAGCUGAGGGCCCGGGGCCUCCUCCACAACGGCUGCCUCUGCCGCGAAGCAGAGCUCCGGCUGGACACCAUCGUCAGCCUCAAGUACCUGGACUGCGUCAUCAAGGAGGUGCUGAGGCUCUUCACGCCCGUCUCCGGUGCUUACCGGACCGCCAUGCAGACCUUCGAGCUGGACGGAGUCCAGAUCCCAAAGGGCUGGAGUGUGAUGUACAGCAUCCGGGACACCCAUGACACCGCCGCCGUCUUCAAGGACGUGGACGCCUUCGACCCGGACCGCUUCAGUCAGGAGCGAGGUGAAGACAAAGAGGGACGCUUCCACUACCUGCCCUUCGGCGGCGGCGUCCGGUCCUGUCUGGGGAAGCAGCUCGCCACCCUCUUCCUCCGCAUCCUGGCCAUCGAGCUGGCCAGCACCAGCCGCUUCGAGCUGGCCACCCGGCAGUUCCCCCGCGUGGUCACGGUACCGGUGGUCCACCCGGUGGACGGGCUGAAGGUCAAGUUCUACGGCCUGGACUCCAACCAGAACGAGAUCAUGGCCAAGUCGGAAGAGCUCCUGGGAGCGACGGUUUGAAGGGCGGAGGGCCGACGAGUAGGUGGUAGAGGAGUUCUGCGGAGAAGGCGAUGUUCUGUCUUGGCAACACUAAGAAUGCAAAACAAAAUAAAUCCGAUGGUUUGAGCGACUUUAUGAGCUAGAAGAGAUUGCACAAUCAGAACUCUCGGAGAGAUCCCGCUCUUUUUCCCGAACAAAGAAAACUUCCAUGGCGGGACUUUUUAGUGGAACUUUGGGACGUUCUUGAAUGCUCGGACGGAGUUCUGCUCUGCGCUUAAGCUCGAGAGAGAUAAAUGGACCAAUGAGGUUUCAGGGGAGGGCAGGGUCACACUCAGAGGGCUUUUCUUACUGGACAAUGCUGCCGUCCAAUAGCAUUCCAGACGGACUCUGCCUAUCACUCUUUCUACCAACCACACCACUGAUUUCUUCACGGUUUAAAAAAAUAAAAUGAAAAAAAUAGAAUUUUUUUGCUGCUUUUCUUGUGUACAUUUUGUAAUUGAGAGUUCUAGAUUGCAAUAGUUUGUAUCGAGUGAGAUUUGCUAUUUCUUUCCCUUUUAUAUAUAU